UUGCCGAUAAGGCUUCUUCUUCUCUCCUUACGUUCCUCUUCCACACCAAUUCCCACUGUGUUUGCCGAUAAGGCUUCUUCUUCUCUCCUUACGUUCCUCUCUCUCUCUCUCUCUCUCUCUCUCUCUCUCUCUCUCUCUCUCUCAAAUACACAAUAUCUCUCUCUAGAAAGCCGACAACAAGGUAAAAGAUUAGGGUUUAGCCGGUUCGUCUCCAAUCUCUCUCUGCGAUUCCCAUGGUACCUCUCCUUUUCUCCCAGGCCUCAACAACGCACCACCCUCUGUUCUUCACCCUCACGCCUCCACUGCAACUCCACACUUCUCGCCUCAAACCCUGCCUUCUCCGACGACCGCCCCGGUUACCGGUUCGAUCGAUCUCGCAGAACGGGAGUCAGUUCGCCAAUCAGAGCAGUCCGGAGCUGCAGGGCCAAGGGCCGCCGAGGACCGUGUUCCCCGGCGGCUACAAGCGCCCCGAGAUCAGAGUCCCCUGUUUGGUUCUGCAAUUGGACGCCGACGAGGUCUUGGCCGGCGACGGCGCCUUGGACUUGGUCGACCGGGCGGUGUCGAAAUGGACCGGGAUUGUGGUGCUCAAUGGUGGCGAAGCCACCGGCGGGAGGAUCUAUGAAGCCGCUUGUAAGUUGAAGUCGGUGGUUAGGGACCGCGCCUAUUUGUUGGUCGCCGAACGGGUCGAUAUCGCGGCCGCUGCUAAUGCCAGUGGAGUGGUGCUCUCUGAUCAAGGUCUUCCUGCCAUUGUGGCAAGAAGUACGAUGAUGGAUUCCAAGUCCGAUUCAGUGGUUCUUCCUUUGGUAGCAAGAAAUGUGCAAACGGCAGAUGCUGCUUUGAACGCAUCUAGUUCCGAAGGAGCUGAUUUUCUUAUCUAUAGUCUUGGCGAAGAGAAACUUGUUGAUGUGGUACUGAACUCUGUGCGUGAAAAUGUGAAGAUACCAAUCUUUGUGAUGUUUACUUAUGAAGAGGACGCGUUAGUUACGGAGGCGUCAAAAUUACUCAAAUCUGGUGCUAGUGGAUUAGUUACUUCUGUGAAAGGUUUUGAGAAGUUCAGCGAUGAUGCUUUAAAUAGUUUGUUUAGUGAUGUGUACACACUAAAUAAAAGUACCCAAGAUGAUUUUGAUAACUCUAGUGAGAACAAAUUGUUGAAUUCGGAGAAUGGUAUUGGUGCUAAAGAAAGGGUUGCGGGCUUUAUCAACUUGGAGGAUCGAAAAAAACAGUGCAUAGAAAGAGAGAGAUUGGUAUUGCUUGAAGCAAUAAAUGUCAUUCAGAAAGCUGCUCCACUGAUGGAGGGGGUUUCGCUUCUGGCAGAUGCAGUUGCUCAAAUUGAUGAGCCAUUUUUACUGGCUAUAGUGGGUGAAUUUAACUCUGGGAAGUCAAGUGUUAUUAAUGCACUUCUUGGAAGUAAAUAUCUCAAGGAGGGGGUUGUUCCUACAACUAACGAGAUCACUUUCUUGCGGUAUUCUAAUAUUGAUUCUGGGGAGGCACAACGUUGUGAAAGACAUCCAGAUGGUCAAUAUAUAUGCUAUCUACCGGCUCCAAUUCUUAAAGAAAUGAACAUAGUUGAUACACCUGGAACAAAUGUGAUUCUGCAGAGGCAACAACGCCUUACUGAGGAAUUUGUGCCGCGUGCAGAUUUGCUUCUUUUUGUCAUAUCUGCUGAUCGGCCUUUAACAGAAAGUGAGGUUGGUUUUCUCCGUUAUAUUCAACAAUGGAAGAAGAAAGUUGUGUUUGUCUUAAACAAAUCUGACCUCUAUCGGACUGCUAAUGAGCUCGAGGAAGCUGUGUCAUUUAUCAAGGAAAACACACAGAAGUUGCUGAACGCUGAACAUGUAACAAUAUAUCCUGUGUCUGCAAGAUCAGCUCUUGAAGCAAAACUUUCAGCUUCCUCCGAGUUUGAAAAGGAAUCUGAUGAUCUAUCAACAUCUGAUUCUGACUGGAAGAGCAGUAGCUUUGAUGAAUUUGAGGAAUUCUUGUAUAGCUUUUUAGAUGGAUCAACAAGCAAUGGAAUAGAAAGAAUGAAACUUAAACUUGGAACACCCGUUGCAAUUGCAGAAAGACUACUUUCUUCUUGUGAAACUCUUGUGAGACAAGACUGCCGAUCUGCUAAACAAGACUUGGAGUCAAUAAACGAUAUAGUUAGUAGUGUAAAAGAUUAUGCAAUGAAAAUGGAAAAUGAAAGCAUAUCUUGGAGGAGAAGAGCUCUAUCGUCGAUUGAUAAUACAAAAUCACGAGUGAUAGAUCUCAUACAAGCUACACUACAAUUAUCAAAUCUUGAUCUUGUUGCUUCAUAUGCGUUCAAAGGGGAAAAGUCUACCACCUUGGCACCCACCUCAAGGAUUCAAAAUGACGUAAUUGGUCCUGCUCUUAUAGAUGUACAAAAUUUACUGGGAGAAUACAUAGAAUGGUUACAGUCCAACAAUGUUCGUGAAGGGAUGGUGUACAAGGAAUCUUUCGAAAAAUGUUGGCCUUCAUUUGUCUAUCCAAACAGUCAGUUGCAUUUUGAGACAUUUGAAUCACUGAAAAAGGUGAAUGAACUUAGCUUGGGAGUGAUGCGGAACUUCAGUGGCCCUGCUGCGUCUAAAUUGUUUGAUCAAGAAGUACGAGAAGUGUUCCUGGGAACGUUUGGUGGACUUGGAGCAGCCGGUUUAUCUGCUUCACUUCUUACAUCUGUGCUUCCAACGACACUAGAAGAUCUUCUUGCUCUUGGCCUUUGUUCUGCUGGCGGGUUGUUAGCAGUUUCAAACUUUCCAGCUCGUAGGCAGGCAAUGAUAGUUAAAGUGAAAAAGACUGCAGACGCCUUGGCUCUUGAACUUGAAGAGGCAAUGCAGAAGGAUCUCUCAGAAGCUCUGGACAACAUCGAAAACUUCGUAAAAGUCGUUGCCAAGCCUUACCAAGACGCGGCACAAAAUAAACUAGAAAAGCUGCUUGCGAUUCAAGCUGAAAUAGCUGACGUUGAGAAAGAACUGCAAAGACUACAGGUUGAAAUUCAAAACCUUCAUGUUUCAUGACCAGUUUUGGAAGCUUCAUUAGAUGGGUAGUAAAUGACCUCAGCAGGUUGUAUUCUAGCUAUUUGCAUUUCAUUUUGUCCCAAUCUUCAUUUUGUUUCGAUUAAUGCACAAGCUUGUAAAUCCUUGUUAUAAAUUAAUAAACUUGGUCUCCUCUCAUUCUAUUAAAAAGUAUGAUGGUUUGGAAUAAAGUUUAAAUGAUUCCCGGGAA